CAGGGCUUGCUCCUGAAUCUCAUUUUUCACAUGUCUCCUGCACUCUCACUACUAGCCCCGAAAGAGGAAAGGAGGUGCUUCCUGUUAUUCUGAUUCAAAUCUCAAGCUGGUCACAGGAGGGAAGCAGACUGCCUAUGCUUCAGAGUGGCAGGCUGUACAAGAUGGAUGGCCACGCUCUCCUCUUGAGGCUACUUUUGCUGGUUUCUACAGUGGCUAUUUCACUUCAUGCUUAUUCUGGGACAACAGUAUCUCCUCAAAGCGCUGGCCACUUUUUGGAAAGUCGAAACAGUACACAUCAGGAAUAUAAAGAUAAUAAGUACCAUUCCCAUACCAGAUGUUGCUGGAAUGAGUUUGUUGAGCAGAUGGCCAAUAUCAGCAAAAUACAUUGGUGUGAGUGGAAGAGUAUUCGCAGCCCAUACAGUCACCUGAGAAAAUGCCUGGAAGAUGGAGCUGAUAACCUGAGGCUUGGCUACCCCAAUGCUAAGGCUGAGGAGUACAUCAUCUUCAGCCACCGCAACUACUUCCUCAACUGCACCCUGCAGCAUCGACCUCUCUUGGACCCUCCUGAAAAUGUUUUGCUGCCUCUCAUCAUAACCCCCAUCUGCCUUAUUCCUUUCUUGGUUGCUCUUGUUGUGCUGAAGAGCAAAGAUGGUGAGAUGCAGUCAUGAGUCCUGAUCUUUAUGAGAUGAUAUGAUAGGGCCUCCAUGGCCUAACAGUAUAAUUGCAGCACUCAACUCUUGGGUAUCAUGAAAUUCACCCUGCCCAGUCUAAGAACACUAUCUGGCAUGAGCCAUUGCACUGGAGACUAUUGAUUGAAGUUUGAGGGCACUUUGUACUAAAAGAUGUUGUAUAGAAAGAACAAAACCAAACCUCCAUCACCAAGGCAAGUGCUGAUGUAUGUCUGCCACAGUUGUAACCUACGUUGACAUUACUGCCUAUCUCAUUCUGAAUGAAUUAUGGGAACUAUACACACAGUUGUGCUGCAGAGAAUUCUUAGUGAGAACUCCCUAGAUUCUUUGCAGAAUUGCUUUUCACGGUUCUGUAUGGAGAAACCAAGACAGUGAAAGAUUAUGGGGUGGGUAUGAAUAGGCCAAACGUACUGUACAUGAAUGCUUUUUCUGUUAGCAACAAAAUGGUAAGUGCAUAUGAGGCAUUCUUUUUGCAGCUUGGUAUCUUUGUCUUUUCACCCAAACUCUCAUGCAAUGCUUACAUAUGCCAGAUAUGUAAUGCCCUGUAAAGCUGUGUGUUUCCAUGUAGGCAAUGUGUUAGGAUAAUGUUCCUUGUCUUCCUCCUUAUUAAGAUUGCCUCUUUGGGCAAGCUCUGAGUAUCCGAAAUUUGGACUUCCUUUUGUAAGUAAUCUGGCCUAGUUGAAGAUGAAAUGGCAUCUGUCCUCACUGCCCUCCUUUCAGUUACAAGUUUCACUUACUGUGCUCACUUUGACCCAGAAAACUGUUAGGGCUCAAAAUGCAGUAGGUGCAGAUGUCCAAGAUAUGAUGAUGGUAUUACAUAAAGCUGCACUUCUCUCCUUUCGGUAAGAUGGAAUAGAGAAAAUACAGAAAAGAUCUGCUAAAUGGAUCAAGAAGAUGAACUGAAAGUGGGUUUAAGUUUAGAGAAUGAAUUAUUAAGGAGAUUCAUGACAGACGUUAAUUAAAUAGUGAGUAGUUAGCAAAAAAGACAACCUAGAAUACUUCUACAUAGCCACAGAGUGCAUUCUGGCCUUUGUGUGACACUCAUAAGCCAUUUUUUAAAAUGAGAUGCAAUUAUGUUUUUCUAUUGUAGUAGCAUAGUACUAUUGAGACAUUCCAGAGCUACUGGCUCUUUCAUUAGUAGCUUCCUCCUUGUACCCUCUUACUCUUUUCUGUCCAACCUUUUAGUAGCAAUAUUGAUUAAAAAAAACCUAACAAAAUAAUCCUAUUGCUUGAUCAGAGCAUUCUGACAAGACCAUAAACUCUAGAAGCUAUAGACUUUUUCAAAAAGCAACUUCCCUUCCAUUAUGUGUAGUUGGAGAGGAACAUAUUUAGAUCAGCUCAAAAACUAAAUUCAUCAUUUCUUUAAAUCAGUGUUUCUCAACUUUAGCAACAUUAAGAUAUGUAGACUUCAGCUCCCAGAAUUCCCCACUCAGCAUGGCUGGCUGGGGAAUUCUGGGAGUUGAAGUCCACAUAUCUUAACGUUGCUAAGGUUGAGAAACGCUGCUUUGGAUUGAAGGUAUAAACAGCACUGAGGCUUCUACAGUUCUUCAUUGCCUCCUAGCUUGCACCCUGAUAGCCCCUCUAGUGACUCCUUUUGAGGGGUUCUCAAGUUGAAAUAUCCUGGCCCCCAAAUCACCCAGAUACAGAGAUUAGCAGAAAGGUAACAGAUUUGCAGUGGGUGGGUAAUAAACUGGGCCAUUUUGUUACACAUUCAUUCAUUCAUCAUAACUGUUUUCUUUGAAGAGAACAUUUGAUUAUUCUUUUCUUUAGUUUUUCCUUUCAGUGUUCACAAUAUCAUGUAUGAUAAAGAUAUGAAAAAUGAAAGGAAAUCAGUAACUAAAAUAGACCUCAACAUCAGAAAAUGUUUGCUUGUCAUGAUACAGAUACCCCCUUUCAGUAAUGUCUUUGUGGGGAACCAUAAAGACAGAAUCAACCAAGAAAAAUCUACUAAUUAACUCUGAAGUUAGUAAAUCUAUGGGGCUUACUUGAACAUAAACCAGGUUAGAAAUCUAUGGCCUGUAUUCACCACUGAGCAACAUUUCUGCAACCCAAGAGGCCUCAUAACCGAAACUGACAGACAAAUCACUGAUUUUCAGUGGUGUGAUUUUGCACAUAGUCAGGAGUUGCUAGUGAUAUAAGCACCCUUUCUGUGUAAUUCUUUCCAAAGGGAAUAACUCCCAGUUUUUGUGCUUUAAAUGGGCAAUAAAGAUUAUAGUGUUUGGUUGAUGUGUCUUUGUUCUAAACAUUGCUUUGUCAUUUUCAUUUUAUUUUUACAAUGUAUUUGUUUUAGUCUGGAUUUGUUGUUCUCUUUCAUUUUGUAUAUCACCUCAAGCAUCUGAGGGACAGUGCAGUGAUUUAUUAAUAUGUCAGAUAAAAUAAAUAUAUAACAUGUUAA